AUGGGUCUAAUAAAAAAUGACAAAAUUGACGAAGAUGCUGGCCUAAAAUUAUUAUCGAAUAUGGAUAAGCAGUUUCCUGGAGAAAAGGAUGUCGUAUCGAGUAUAAGAUCGUCAUGUUUCGACGGAAAGUACGAGGAUUACGAAUUUGACGACGAACAUUGCCCCGCUAUGAAUUUCUACAUUUGCGCUUACAUCACUACGCUCCAAAAUUGCAAAUCGUGGAAGACAACAGUUGUCUGCCAAAAAAUGGCUGCAGAUAUGAAAAAGUGCAUUGCACAAUUGGAGGACUCCUAA